CCAACCUCUGCUGCGGGCGAGGUCGAGGUUUGGUGAGAGUUCGAAAGCCCAGAGAUCCUUAGUUUAGUGAAAUCUCAGCAACUCAGCCAAAUAAUACACAGACACAAUGAAGGUUUCCAAGGACGUUUCUUCCUCCCGCAGCAAGUCGCGCAAGGCGCACUUCGCCGCUCCCUCGUCGGUCAAGAGAACUAUAAUGUCGGCCCCGUUGUCGAAGGAGCUGAGAGAGAAGUACAAGGUCCGAUCGAUUCCCAUCCGUCAGGACGAUGAGAUCUCCGUCGUUCGGGGAUCAUACAAGGGCAAGGAGGGCAAGGUCACCUCGGUCUACCGUUUGAAGUACAUCAUCCAGGUCGAGAAGUUGACCAAGGACAAGGUCGACGGUUCGUCAGCCCCGGUCUCGGUCCACCCGUCCAAGGUUGUGAUCACCAAGUUGAAGCUCGACAAGGACCGCGAGGCUCUUCUUACCAGAAAGGCUAGCGGCAAGGCUUAGAGUCGCGGCAGUAUGACGAGGUGUUUACACAAAAAAAGAAAACGAAAAUGCAAUAGCCUGGGAUGUAAUAAAAUUUGUCAUUUAUAAUUCUCAUGUUUGUAUAUUUUAUUUGGGAAAAUGCUUUCAUUCAAUCAUUCUAGU